AUGCACGGCCGCCGCACCCCGCCCCCGCCGCCGGAGGAUGAGGACCUCGGCCCGGCCCCGGCGCCCCGCCCGGCCCUCGGCGCGCCGCGCCCCCGGAGCGCCGCUGUCGCUAAGCCAGAGGAGGAGGAGCUCGGCCCAGCCCCCGGCGCCCCAGUGCCCGCCCCCGGCGCGAGCCGCCCCCGAGCGCCCAGGUGCCCGUUCCCGGCACGAACCGCCCCCGAGCGCCACCGCCUCGAGGCCGCUGGAGGAGGAGGAGCUCGGCCCGGGCCCCGCGCGCCCCUCCCCGCCCCCGAAGCGCCGCGCGUCGCCCCCGGCGCGCGACCCGCCCCGGUAGCGCCCUGGUGCCCGUCCCCGGCGCGCGUCCCCACCCCCGGAGCGACCGGUCCCCGACCCUACCCCCGGUGCGCCGCGACCCCGCCCCGGUGCGACCGUUCCCUCCCCCGGUGCCGCCCGUGA